AUGUACUUUCCCACAUCAGCAGCCAGGCAACUCUCCACCGUUCCCGCUCUCCCCAACAUCCCACCCGAGGCUCUCAUUUGCCUGGCCCCGAGCCCCAGGAAAGCUUUGUUCGCGACAUUGACGAGGAAUGGUAUAUCGGUUUGGCGCGUCCGUCCCUCUGCAGUCCUUGCGUUCCUCUCGAGGACCCCUUCGUCAAUCAUUGAUCAUGGAGAGAACCUGUCAGCCCACUGGUCACCAGAUGGCAGACGAAUCGUCAUACAGGUGUGUAUUCCCCAUGAGCUUAGCUACCAGUCGGCAUCGUUGAUGCAGAGCGCACAACGGACGUUCCUAGACGGGCCCGGCGAGAGUCUACCUCUUCAAUCUAUAUCGCUGCAGUUCGAGGGAGUUAUUCAUAUUAAUGGUGGUCUCCUCAGUGUCUCGCCACGAAAGCACUACAUCGUGUUCUCAACCAAAAGCCCGCCUGCCGUUCAGCGUAUACCUUGGCCAAAUUAUGACGAAGAGGACGAAGAGGUUGAUGCAGAGAAUCCGACGCCGAAACGCUUUACGCAGCACGACACAUGGGUCAUUGACGACCACGAGUUGCCGUGGCUUGUAGACCCUGACGUGUCUGUUGUUAAGAUGGCUUACUCGCGGGCGAGUGGCAUUGAUGCAUGGAUAACAUCUGAUGGAAGAGCAUACCUCGUUCGUCUGAACGAGAGACAAAUACAGCUGGAUGAUCCCGUUCCAUCUGGACUCGCCGGUGGCGAGGAGAGUGAGGGCAGGUCAGUCUCGCGCUCCUCCCUCGAGGGGACUGUUGGAUGGCAAGGAACUUGUACAUACGACUUCGAGAUGCCCAGGUGGCUGCAGAAGCGUCGACAGCUUGAUCCUGAUGAGGAGGGCGAAUUAAACGAGACCACGUACGAGAACCCAAAGCGUGCCACAGCAAUCGCGGUGAAUAGCACAUUCUCUCUAAUAGCGGUUGGGACCCAAGGUGGCGCUUUAUUAUUCACGAACUUCCAAUCUCAAGAUGGGGUUCCUUUUGAGUCGGAAAGUAUAUCUGUACCGAACUAUGGCAAGCAGACGGGUGCUGUACGCGCGAUGGAGUGGAGUUCGGAUGGAUAUGUGCUCGCUGUUGGUUGGGACCAUGGCUGGGGAAUAUUCAGUGUUGGUGGACGGUGUCUGGCCUGUGGGUUUGGCGUGGAUGAUCUAGUGGAUGAAAAUAAAUUCCAAGACACUUUUAUGAAUGGUGUAUUUAAUCUGUUCUGGGCGCCAGGUAACUUCGAAUUGAUGUUGAUGGCUCGCCCGUCGCCCAAAAAGAUCGACGGUCAACUAUUCGUGAUCCCAUUCGCAAAGAGUGCGACUACCGGACAACAGUCGCCUGAUAACACACGAUAUGCCUUUUUGCAGAUGGAGGACCGUGCCUUGGUCUACCGAGGGGCCGACCAACCCGACUUGAGUGUGAUAAAUCCAGAGUCGGACGUUUGGCAACAUAUCAAGAUACCGCAGAGCUACUUGUCGACGAAUUGGCCUAUACGAUACUCUGCGCUAAGCAGUGAUGGUAGACUCAUUGCGAUUGCCGGACGCCGAGGCUUGAUCCACUACAGCUCGACCUCGGGUCGGUGGAAGACCUAUGCCGAUGAGCUUCAAGAACAAGCAUUCAUUGUCAGAGGAGGACUACUGUGGUUCCACCACGUCUUAAUCGCCGCUGUUGAAAUCGCCUCAUCUCAUCAGAUCCGCCUAUACUCCCGAGAUCUCGAGUUGAGCAGCCAGAACAUCCUCUACCGUGAAACCCUUCCUGCCCACGUUGUGAUUCUGUCGCUAGUGGACAAUUCCCUGCUGGUGUAUUGCGCCGAUAAUACUCUCUUGCACUACCUAAUUGUCCCAACCGCGGACACCAUUAAACUCCACCUUUGUGGGAGCAUCACUUUCAACGGCAUCAUUGCGGUCCCUAGUGCAGUACGUAUGCUGAGUUGGAUGAUUCCAACAGCCCAGAAGCAACUAGGGGAUCCUGUUUUCGACCUGUCGGUGGCUACCGUCCUCAUGAUGGUUGGUGGCCAACUUGUUCUGCUACGCCCGCGAAAAACUGCAGAUCAUGAAGUGAAAUACGAUAUGCAAAUAUUCGCCGAUCGCAUUGAAUUCUGCUGGACACAUCUUCGAGGUAUAGGCGCUCUUGAAAACUCGCUAUGGGGCUAUGAUGGUCAAGGGAUGAGGGUGUGGCUAAAUGCUUUAGCUAUCGAGUCUCGUGUCACAGAUAGCCCCAGUACCGCGCCAGCAAGCGUGAAGGAAAGCGUAAAUAUUCCUUUGGACUUCUACCCCUUGUCUGUUCUCAUGGAUAAGGGUAUCCUGAUAGGGGCCGAGAUCGAAGUCGCUACUCGUUCUAACUUGCCCUUCGCCAUGUUCCGACAUGCAACUAGCUCUCAUCUCUUCCUUCACCAUAUCCUACUGUACUUCCUAGAAGCUCGACGGCUCAAGGAAGCCGUUUCAUUUGCUUCACAAUACCAGCACCUGGUAUUUUUUGCACACGCCUUGGAAAUCCUUCUACACACCGUGGUCGAAGCAGAAGCCUCUGUGGACGAUGAUGAAGACGAUACGGACUCUGGGGAGUCUUCUUCGAGUGCUGUUCUUCCGUUAGCCGUGGAAUUCUUGGACCACUUCGACGAUGCCUUAGAGGUUGUAGUAGGAUGUGCGCGUAAGACCGAGGUGACUCGCUGGAAGCGACUCUUCCAUUUUGUUGGGAAACCUAAGGCACUAUUUGAGACUUGCCUAGAAUCGCAACGCCUGAAGACCGCUGGGUCCUAUCUCCUGGUGCUUCAUAACCUUGAGCAAUUAGACGAAGACAACAGCGAUGCUGUCCGACUCUUGCAGCGUGCGAUCGAAGGAGAAGACUGGCAACUUUGCAGGGAACUAUUACGUUUCUUGCACUCCAUCGAUGAGACGGGGAACGCGCUGCGAAAUGCGCUAUCGGAAGCCGAUAUCAUCAAAGUUACGAACGGUUCUGGAGAGGCGCGUCCGACAGCAAACGGGGGGCUUCAUUAA